GCAUAGCUGUCCCUUGGAUGAAUUAUUUUUCACACCUUCUCUGCUCAUAAAAAACAGCCACUGAGUUCAAAAAUCCCUGGAACAAAGAAACCCUUCUCUGCCACCCUCUUCCUCUCUUCUACCACUCCCUGCACUGCCUCAUGUGAGAUGAAGAAGAAACAAGCACACUCCUCUCAUCUCACACUUCUCCUUCUCCUCGUUGCCGUUUUCCUGGGCACAUGUGCCAAUGCCUCCCCUGUCACGCUCACCCAAUCGCGCCACCUUCUCUACUACAGAGACGAGUUCGGAGACAGAGGGGAGAAUGUCACCGUUGACCCCUCCCUUGUUUUCGAAAAUAACCGUCUCAGAAACGCUUACAUAGCUCUGCAAGCUUGGAAGCAAGCCAUUUUAUCUGAUCCCCGUAACCAGACAACCGACUGGGUAGGAUCCGACGUUUGUAGCUACACCGGGGUAUACUGUGCACCCGCGCUCGACGACCCCUCCGUCCGUACAGUCGCCGGCAUUGAUCUCAACCAUGGCGACAUUGCCGGCUAUUUACCGGAGGAGCUCGGUUUGCUCGUAGAUCUUGCACUCUUCCACAUCAACUCCAACAGAUUCUGCGGCACUGUGCCCCACACCUUCCAGAGGUUGCUACUCCUCUUCGAGCUGGAUCUCAGUAACAACCGCUUUGCGGGGAGGUUCCCUGAGGUGGUUCUGCGCCUUCCUUCGCUCAAGUUCUUGGAUCUUCGGUUCAACGAAUUCGAAGGGGCUGUUCCCAGGGAACUGUUCGACAAAGAUCUCGACGCCAUUUUCAUCAACGACAACCGUUUCGUCUUUGACCUUCCAGACAACUUCGGCAACUCCCCCGUCUCCGUCAUCGUCCUCGCCAACAACAGAUUCCACGGCUGCAUUCCCCACAGCCUCGGCAACAUGUCCAACCUCAACGAGAUCAUUCUCAUGAACAACGCAUUCCGAUCCUGCUUGCCCUCCGAGAUAGGCUUGUUGAAGAACCUCACGGUGUUCGACGUCAGCUUUAACCAACUUCUCGGCCCCUUACCAAGCGCCGUUGGAAAUGCCGUCAGCUUGGAGCAGCUCAACGUGGCUCAUAACUUACUCUCCGGUCAAAUUCCUUCCAGUAUAUGUAUGUUGCCUCACCUUCUCAACUUCACCUACUCCUUUAACUUCUUCACCGGCGAGCCUCCCGCCUGUCUCGCCUUGCCGGCGUUUGACGAUAGGAUCAACUGCUUGCCGGGGAGGCCCGUUCAGAGGCCUCCGGCGCAAUGUCAGGCUUUCUUGUCUAAGCCUGUGGACUGUAACUCCUUUAACUGCAAGCCAUUUGUUCCUUCACCUCCUUCCCCCACAACACCUGCAACUCCUUCACCACCAUCUCCUGGGACACCUUCGCCACCAUCAUCUGGGACACCUUCACCUAUAACUCCUUCACCACCAUCUCCUGGGACACCUUCACCAGUAACUCCUUCGCCUCCAUCACCUGGGACACCCUCACCAGUAACUCCUUCGCCUCCAUCUCCUGGGACAUCUUCACCAGUAACUCCUUCGCCUCCAUCACCUGGGACACCUUCACCUUUAACUCCAUCACCACCAUCUCCUGGAACACCCUCACCUGUAACUCCUUCGCCUCCAUCACCUGGAACACCUUCACCCGUAACUCCUUCGCCGUUACCUUCACCUACAACACCUUCGCCUCCUUCACCUGCCGCACCUUCCCCAUUACCUUCACCUACAACACCUUCGCCACUACCUACACCUCCUUCGGAACCACCGGUGGUGGGACAUUCUCCACCACGGCCAGUGGCACCUUCUCCACUACCACCCAUUCACACUCCUCCUUCUCCCGUGUAUUUGCCACCACCACAUUCUUCCCCUGCUCCACCUGGCUACUUUCCACAACCUCCUCCACCUUCGCAAUUGCCGCCUCCAUCAUACACUCCACCUUCUCCGGGGACACCUUUACCUACUCCAACGCCACCCAACGGUGUCCACUCUCCGCCGCCACCAAGUUCACCGUCACCACCGGCUCCUACAUUCUCGACACCACCACCUUCACAUAAUUAUGGCUCAUCGCCACCUCCUCUACCUCAUCCUUAUCCUUAUUUAUCGCCCCCACCACCUCCUUCUCCUGUUCAUGUUCCACCUCCACCACCUUGUACAGCACUUCUUCCACCCCCUCCCCAAUCAACACCUUCUCCCACACCUUACCUCCCACCACCAUCCCCAUCCCAUCCACCUUAUCACCCAACACCAUCCCCUUCUCACCCAUCACCUUAUCACCCGCCACCAUCUCCUUCUCACACACCUUAUCACCCGCCACCAUCCCCUUCUCCCCCUCCAACUCCACCGGUUCAAUACAGUUCGCCUCCGCCGCCGCCUCCUUGCGAAACUCCACCAGCAGUUUCUCCCCCGCCACCUGUUGUAUACCAAAACCCACCACCUGCCCCUGUAUAUGAAGGGCCAUUGCCACCCAUCGUUGGACUCCCAUACGCAUCGCCUCCACCACCACCCUUUUAUUGAUUCUUUUGAGGACUUUUUCCCUCUUCGGGCAACAAGAGUCACGCUUUUUUUUAUUAUUAUUGCGGCCGUUUCUUCUGUGGUGAUACCCUCGAAUGUCAUGCGACUCUCGUCGCUUAUGAAGGAAACUUCUUACGAGACAACCACAAGAUCUAGCGAAACAGCUUUUUGUUCUUUAUAUUUAUCGACAAUAGAAACAGAGAAGAGGUUGCAGCAGAAUGGGGUUUAUAAGAAGAGGAGAAAUUAAUUCUCUCUCCUUAUUGACUUGAAUUAUUAUGAAUGUUGCAGUUGAGAAAUAAGAAUGGCAGAGAAAUUGUAGGUUGCAGAGCAAAUGUAAGUAUAGGGAUCAAUGGGAGAGCAUAAGUUAUGGCUGCAAAUGCAGUAGCAGUUGCACUAUGUGCUGCCGCUGAUGGUUACCAGUGUAUCGUUAUUGUCUCUAUUAUAUCACACUACUUUUAUUUAUUUUUUUUAUAAA